UCUUCAACAUUUGUAGGUCUGUAAUUUCGCGUCUGUUACCGACAGCUCUAGUUUCGAGAUGCCAUAGCUUGGUGACGACUUCCCUUUCGUCGCGCCUGCCGCCAAACAACGACGCACGGACGGUCUAUACAAAGCUCAACGCGUCUAACUUUCUUGGCUCUUUCGACUUCAUCAGAACCCACGACAAAUACACUAGUGGAUGUGCCAGCUACGUCUCUAAAGAUGAAGCCAUGUCCAUGGGCCUCGCCAGGACUGUUGGCAACCAGAUCUACCUUUGGUGUCCACAAUAAUUCUGUCAUCGACGUGACACCUCAAGGCGGUCGCAAGAGCGUGCGUCUUGAGAGCCACGACACGAUCGACAGCGGCAUUGUCAUCGCGGACUUUGAGUACCUACCGGCUAACGCUUGUGGUACGUGGCCUGCUUUAUGGCUUCCACACGACGAUGAACAUGACAGCGACUUCUACUCUGAGAUCGACAUCGUUGAGUCUAUCUCUUGUCUCACCCAGAACGAGACCACCCUACACACCAACCCCACUGAGUGCACCAUGGCAGCUCAGAGCGGCACCGGAGAUGUCUUCAGUACUAACUGCGACUACGACGUUGGGGGUUGCGGUAUGAUCGCGCCUCAUGGUACCUUUGGCGACUCUUUCAACCAGAAUGGAGGCGGCGUCUGGGCUACACAAGUCGAGGCUGGAGGCAUCAAGAUCUGGCACUUCGCAAAGUCCGCCAUUCCAGCUGACAUUGAGAACGAUAGCCCCAAACCAAGCAAGUGGGGUACGCCUGUCAUGAGCUUCGUUCCGCAGAACUGCGAUAUUCGUAACACGUGGAAGAAGAUGAAGAUCGUUAUCAACAUCACUUUCUGCGGCGAGUAUGCGGGCGGUGAGGCUUGGGACGACUACACCCAGUGCCGCGCAAAGACGGGGGUCGCAUCUUGCAACGACUAUGUUGCGAAGACCCCUUCUGCCUUUGACGACGUGUACUUUCUAAUCAAUUCAAUCAAGACCUACAACAACUAAGACUUUGCUCAGCCCUGCAAGCGAGCGGUGAAGAAGAGUGUGUCACUUAUACAGUAUUCUGCCAUGUCCCUACGAGCAAAAUUACGACAAAUGAUUACGAUUACAUGAAUCAAUGGGAAUGAAGCGUGGAGAAU